AUGGGACUACCCUCAAUGAGGCCACUCCUCCUGGCCGGGGGCAAAUCAACUCGGAUGGGCACACCCAAACACCUCCUCCGCAUGCCUGAUGGGACCCCCUUGUACCGGCGACAGCUGGAACUGCUUCGGUCAAUUUUCCCAGAGCCGCAAACCAUAUACAUUUCAUUGGCCCAAGAGUCAGAGACGGACGAAUACCUCGAAAGUUUACUUUCGGCUGAUGCCGAGCUGACCCCCGAAGAUGAGGACUCACCAAAAGCACCAAGAGUGAAAAUUCUUCGCGACGAACACCCAAACGAUUCUCGUUACUCUGCUGGACCAGCUGCCGGACUGCUCGCCGCUUACCGAUUUGAUCGUUGGGCCAAUUGGGUUGUCGUCGCCUGCGACUAUCCUCUACUUCCGCCCGAUGCCAUAUAUCUUCUCAUGUAUAAACGAGACGCUGUACCGGUAACCUGCUACCGCUCAGCAGAAGGAUUUUGCGAGCCCUUGGUCGCUAUUUGGGCCCCGGCUGCGUUAUCACGCCUGUCAGAGCGGGUGGCCCGCGGACACUCAAGUCCGGCAGCGACCGUCAAGGAACUCGAUGGCUUAAUGGUGGACACGCCACCUGGCUGUGAAUGGUGGCUCACCAAUGUGAAUACUAUGGAGGAAUGGGUGAAAGCCAUUGAAGACAUGAAACUGGGCUCAUUGGAGCCCCUCACUUUUGAAGCGCCGAAGGGAAAGGUGUGA